CGUCAUGCGGCGGUGGGUGUGACUGUUGCUAUAGUAACAAUGGCGGAGACGGACGCGGAGAGUGUUCGCACGGAGUCCCAGACCGGAGAGGAUCCCACAGACCUAAACCGAGAGCAACUGGGGGGCCUAGUCCGCCAUACUGAGAAUGUGCUCUCCAUACUCAGGGCGGAGACGGAAAUGUUUGAGAAAUUCUGCAAGCGGUUGGAUCCAAAAGACAUGGCCCCUGCCCCUGUGGCGGACGCUGGGGUAUCCACAGUGGACUUCAGUCAGAUGAGGAGCCGUCGCAGGUCAAAGUCUCGCAGCAUACUGUCAGAGCGGCUACUGAGUCUGACAGUGGAGCAGAAAUGUGAACUAGUGCAGAGAGAGCUGGAGGAGACCAGGCAUGAAGCCGAGAGAGAUAAGGAAAAUACAGAGCGCAUCCUGCACAGUUAUAAGGCUACUAUUGAAGAAGCAGAAAUUCGUAGCACAGAGAUUAAGAAAGCCAUGUACGAAUUUCAAAGAGACAUUGGCAAAGCUGCAGUGAGCAGUAAGAAAAGUUCGGGAGUGACAGCAGAGAAGGUUCUACGCUACCUGGAAGAGAAGACACGGACAAGAGACAGUCUGGUAGACAAACUGAGGCUGAAGAAUGCAUCACUGAAGGUUCAGAAGAAAAAGCUACAGCUGCAGCUGAAACAGAAGGAGGAGAUGGGGGAGGUUUUGCAUGAGGUGGAUUUCCAGCAGUUGAAGAUAGAAAAUGCCCAGUACCUGGAACGAAUUGAUGAACGGAACCAAGAUUUGUUGCAGCUCAAACUCACCACUGGGGACACCCUUCAGGUCCUUAACUCUUACAAGAAAAAACUACAAAACACUACAACCGAGAAGGUUCAUCUAGAGCAGGAGAUCUCCGCAAGGAACCAAAUUCUGCAGAGAAUUGAGUCUGAAACACAGCUAGUGGAGCAGGAGCGAGAGAAGGCGGAAAGUCUCAACAAGAAACUAAGAAAACAGUUGGGCGAUUAUCGCGUCCCACAGCUCUUAGAGUAUGUCCAAGAGAAAAUAGACCUGGACGAGCUGGGAAAAAGUAUCCCAGUGUGGGAGAGAAAAGUUGAUAUUGCAGAGCUCUCAUUGAAGGCUUACCGAAGAGAGUGGGAGCAGCUGAAGGGAGCCAGUUGUGCCCAAAUGAAACCCUAGCUGGCAAGGGGCUAAAUACCAGGAAGCCCCAGAGGGUACAUAGCCAUCCGACCCAAAGUUUCAGCAAAGAACAGAAUUGAUUUAAUAAAAAUUGUUCGAUGCCUAGGCUACUGUAAUAUGUGUGCUAAUUGGCUGUCCCCACUAUGGUCUUUCUGUCCAGUGCAGGAAGUAGUCUCUAUGGUUCUUUUUACUUCUUACUGCUUCACAUUGGUUUAUUACCCAGUGAUAGAAUAAGCUGUUGUGGGAAAUAUUAAAGGAAUUAGUUGGUUACAAUAAACAAGAGAGAACUUGAA